UCGUUCGCUUGAACUAGAAACCUCUCUCUGUCAUUUUCUCACUCGCACACAGUCUCUCUCUCUCUAGGAGUCUUUUCUCUGCAAUCAAAGCAAAGCUUUCACUCUCUCACUUUCUCCGAAAACUGUCUCUCUUCCAAGUCUUCUUAAAUAGAAUAGACAAUGUAACCGUCUCUUCUGCAAAACAAUGCACCAUCAAUUCUCAAUAUCUCCACAGUCUUCUCUGAGUUUGACGCAUAGGAAAGAGGACGAAAAUUUAGUGGAAGAAAAACGGAAAAGUAGCGCGACUCUCGAGAUUCAUUUCUCAAAAUCCAUCUUCCUUUCCUCCUCUUCCUUUUCUGCUUUCUCCUUUGGAAGAUAGCUUGCUUGAGUCACUAGGUGGGCUUACUUGGAAAUUAAUUAAAAAGAAAGAAAAAAUGAAAGGAGAGUCCUUUGGUUUGAUAGUUGGGAUCUCACUUGGUUUAGUAAUAGGUGUGGUCUUAGCUCUUUCAGCGCUCUGCUGCUUUAUGUUCCAUAGGCAGAGAUCUCAGAUUGCCAACAACAGUAGUGCCUCCAGACGAACCUCAUCCCUUCCCAUCAGAGAGAACGGUGCUGAUUCUUGCACCAUUUUGUCUGAUUCCACUCUCGCUCCUGACUCUCCUGUUAAAUCCUCUUCCACCAAUGCGAGGUCUCUUUGGCUUGAUGGGUUUAUUAAGAAGACCAAUGUGGUCUCUGCCUCUGGCAUUUUGGAAUAUUCUUACAGGGAUUUGCAGAAGGCAACGUGUAAUUUCACGACUUUGAUAGGCCAAGGCGCUUUUGGACCUGUCUACAAAGCUCAAAUGUCCACCGGUGAGACUGUUGCUGUCAAAGUUCUCGCUACUGAUUCUAAACAGGGCGAGAAAGAGUUUCACACAGAGGUUAUGUUAUUGGGAAGGUUGCAUCACCGUAACCUAGUGAACUUGGUCGGCUAUUGUGCUGAGAAAGGCCAACACAUACUUAUAUAUGUCUAUAUGAGUAAAGGAAGCUUAGCUUCUCACUUGUACAGCGAGAAACAUGAACCCCUGAGCUGGGAUUUGAGAGUACAUAUUGCUUUAGACGUGGCACGCGGUCUAGAGUAUCUUCAUGAUGGGGCUGUUCCUCCUGUAAUCCACAGAGAUAUUAAAUCUUCCAACAUUUUGUUAGAUCAAUCCAUGCGAGCUCGGGUUGCUGACUUUGGCCUGUCUAGAGAAGAAAUGGUAAACAAACAUGCUGCCAACGUCAGAGGAACGUUUGGUUAUCUCGAUCCAGAGUACAUCUCCACAAGAACAUUCACCAAGAAAAGCGAUGUUUAUGGUUUCGGGGUUUUGCUUUUCGAGCUUAUAGCUGCAAGAAACCCUCAACAAGGUCUUAUGGAAUAUGUUGAACUGGCGGCGAUGAAUGCAGAGGAGAAAGUUGGGUGGGAAGAGAUUGUGGAUUCGAGGUUAGAUGGGAGGUUUGAUGUACAAGAAGUGAAUGAAGUUGCGGCUUUUGCGUAUAAAUGCAUCUCUCGUGCACCCAGGAAACGUCCCAACAUGAGGGAUGUUGUUCAGGUUUUGGCACGUGUUGUCAAGGUGAGACAUUCCAGAUUACGUCAGAAGAUGUCUCCCUUGCCUUCUCCGUGUCUUCCUACGGUGGAGUCAAGUGGUGAGCAGACCGGGAAUAGAUCUGUUCGAUCGGAAAAGCAUAGGAGAGAUAAUUCCGCGGAGAGUAUAGUUGAAGACUAGUGAUUUACUUGUUGAAACAAAACGUGAUGGAAGUUUAUAAGUAUUGCCAUAUUUUUUAAUUGAAUUUUUGUUGUCUUUUAGGAGUGUUUUAGGAUGAUUUGUAGAUUUUGUUAGCAGGAAUACACUGAUGUUGAUGUUUAUUACAUUUGGUUUAUAAGGGUUGUCUAUGUCCGUCU